UAGUUUUUGUUUACUACAUUAGAGCAGCAAUGGCCUCCACCGCAUGCUUCUUGCACCACCAUGCACUCACCUCCGCACCCAGAUCAUCAUCAACUCCACCCUCCACAUCCCAGCGCCAAGUUGCAAUCGUCAAGUCAAAUCAACUGCUGGCUUGCACAUCUCAGAAACAGGCAGUCCAAGAAAAUGAUGAUUCGGGAAGCAACGCUCUGAUCUCCCGUAGGUUGGCUCUCACUCUGCUCAUCGGUACUGCAGCGGUUGGCUCUAAGGUUUCUCCUGCUGAUGCUGCCUAUGGUGAAGCUGGGAGGAAUUGAUUGUAGAUGAUGAUUAUGGAAAUAACGAGUUGAUUGGAUGACAGCAAAUGUAUUUGGAAAGCCAAAAACAAACACAGAGUUCAUCCCAUACAAUGGGGAAGGGUUCAAGCUGUCAAUACCAUCAAAAUGGAACCCAAGCAAAGAGGUUGAGUACCCAGGUCAAGUCCUGAGAUACGAGGACAACUUCGACUCCACCACCAAUGUUGCUGUCAUGGUCACUCCUACUGAUAAGAAGUCCAUUACUGACUUCGGUUCCCCUGAAAAUUUCCUCUCUAAGGUGGACUAUCUGCUUGGAAAACAAGCAUACUCUGGCUUAACUGAUGCUGAGGGUGGGUUUGACUCAAAUGCAGUGGCAACUGCAAACAUAUUGGAGACUUCAACUCCUGUGAUCGGAGGGAAACAGUACUACUUCUUGUCGGUGUUGACGAGAACUGCUGAUGGAGAUGAAGGUGGAAAGCACCAACUAAUUACAGCCACCGUAAACAAUGGUAAACUUUACAUUUGCAAAGCACAAGCUGGGGACAAGCGGUGGUUUAAAGGAGCUAGAAAGUUUGUGGAGAGUGCUGCAAAUUCCUUCAGUGUUGCUUAGUUAAAAGUCUUACUUGUUAACUAGAGAAUAAUUUCAUGUAAAUCUUGUUAGAAAUUAUCUGAUGUUGGACCUAAGUUUGUAUAUCAUCCUACUCCCCCUUCCUCCAAAGCUUCUGGUUUCUGUUUCUGUCUAGUCGUUAGGAAACUUUUGGAUAUCUGUAUAUAUGUUUCUUAAUUGGCACAUUAUCAAGGCGGAACCCUAAUGUAUUUUCCUCUUUCUAUGGUC